CGUGUCCGACUCAUCCUUCUCACGUUUCAGCUUCUUGUUCCUCAAAGCUCCUCUUUUCUUACUCUUACUCUGAUCGGCUUUCUCAAUGGCUCCGAAACGCCUCUUUGAGAAACCCCCGCCUGCCGAUUCCUCGUUGGAGGACGAAUACGAAAGCGAUCCCGCCGACAACGAGGAAAAAAACGGAAAAGGCAACGAAAACGGCUCCGCAGGAGCCGAUGAUGAGGAAGAAAAAUCUGGAGGCGACGAAGCAGAAGAAGAUGAAUCUCCUGUGAAGAAGCCCACAGUUUCGAAGUCCGACGACUCCGGGUCCGGUUCGGAUACGGAAUCGGACGACACUCCUCCGUCGCCGUCUCUGUCGGGCUUCACGAUCAAGCCCAUCGUGUCCAGGCCCAUGGACGACACCGCCGACAAGCACAAGAAGAAAUCCUCGGUGAGGCCCAACAAGCGCGCUACGGAGUCGGAGGAUCCGGAGAGCGAGACCAGCGAGAAGGACUCCAAGCGCAAGAAGAAGAGGAAGGUGACCUCCGCCUCCGCCUCCGUCACCGCUUCCAAAGGCGGCGGAGACGAGGAGGAUUCGAAGAAGUCGUUGGGAUUUGCGCGGGUGUGGAGCGAGGACGACGAGAUCGCCGUCCUCAAAGGGAUGACCGAUUACAAGGCCAAGAAGGGCGCUGAUCCCUACGCCGACAUGGGGGCUUUCCAUGAUUUCAUCAAGAAGAGCUUAAACGCCGACGUUUCGAAGAGCCAACUGGUGGAUAAGAUCAGGAGGCUUAAGAAGAAGUAUCUCAACAACGCCGCCAAGGGCGAGAACGACGAAGACCCCGUCUUCUCGAAGCCCCAUGAGCUCCUGUCCUUCAAGCUCUCGAAGAAGAUUUGGGGAAUUGGGGCUAACAAAAGCCCUAAUGGCAAUAAUGUCGAAGACAGCGAUUUGAAGAGCAGAAGUAGAUUGAAGACGCCAGUGCCGAGCACGCCGGUGAGUAAGAGCACCACGACAGUCCUGGCUUUGCCGAACAAGGAAAUGUCUGUGAAGAAAGAGAAGAAGAAGAGGGAGCAAGUGGAGGCUAAUGGUAAGGUGAGGGUUGAAAAGGAGGAGGAAGAUGAAGAUGAAGAAGAAGAAGAAGAAGCAGACGAAGAGGGAGAGGAAGAAGAAGAGUUCUGGGAUAAAUAUCCUCACUUGAACAAGUCUCUGGAAUCAUGUUUUUCUUCCGAGUUUAAGAUAUCUUUGCCAUUGGUUGAGACUUCGAAAUUGGAGAAGAUUGAUAAGAAGUGGAGAGAGUUGCAGAUUGAAGAACUGGGGCUUUUCGUUCGUAAAGCUCAUCUGAGUCAAGAACAGGCUGAACUGGUUUUGGGCGUUCUGAAGAGGUCCGUAUGAAGUUGGUAAAGAAAAGUUUCUCGCUUCUGUUUUUUUGGUUAAUUUUCUUGAAACAGGGGAAAUAUUUUGGUUGAUGGAUUACUAUUGCUGGUUUUAUACUUGGGAAAGGUUGUUUUCCUUUGGGUUUAAUCUAAGGUUUUUAUUAUUUUUUUUCAAGUACUAAAAUUUUGUUGAUGACUAUGUAAUACUCAUCUGAUGCCAUAGUAUGUGGACUUUUGUUUCUGUGGAUUACUCUACAUUUUGGAUUCCUAAAUUAAUAUAUGCAAGUCUUUUUCUUAUGUAUC